AUGGAGGCCACCCUCCAUGAAGAAAUACCACCUGGAAGUGAAGACGAUCUCUUGGAAAGAGAUGAGAAUGACGCCAACUACACUAUAGAAGGUGCAAGAGGCGGCUCUACGGGUAGCAGUGAAAGUGACGUCUUCGACGAACACGAACCAAGUACUGAGGCUGAUUCCAGACCUGGAACGAAACGCCGCAAACCACAAGAAAAGGAAAAGCAAAAAAAAAAAGAAAAAUGGCAGUGGGUCAAAAAAGAUCUUGUUUCACCCAUAGAGCUACCAAGUUUGUUGGUUCCUAAAGGGAGAGCGCUCCGUGGAGAAACGCCAUUGACGAUGUUCAAGGCAGUAUUUGAUAAUGAGCCCAUUCACCUUAUGACAUUUGAAUCCAAAAGAUACAGACUGUGUAACCGCACAAAAAUGAAGCCCAUUACGCAUAAUGAGAUGGAAGUCUUCCUUGGAAUGUGUAGGUACAUGUCCGUGGUUCACGUGCCACACAGGCGUUGGUAUUGGUCACCAAGCACAAGACAAGACACCAUUGCUAAUGCAGUGACACUCAACCGGUGGGAAGAAAUCCUGUCUGUUCUUCAUUUGAGUGACCCGGCAUUAGAGAAAAAAAGUACAGACCCUGGGUUUGACAGGCUGCAGAAGGUAAGGCCCACAGUAAACAUGCUCAAUCUCAGCUUCAGCAGCUUGGCAGAAGCAGAGAAGUGUCAGGCUGUUGACGAGCUGAUUAUAACUUUCAAAGGCGGGCACUUUUUGAAAGUGUACAUGGCUAAGAAACCGACCAAAUGGGGCUACAAGGUUUGGGUUAGAGCCGGACAAACCGGAUAUGUUCACAAACGAGAACUUCAUGGUGACAACCUGAAGAGUGACCCAACUGAUGCUCCUCCAGCAAUAGGAGAAUCUGGUCUCAUUGUCAUCCGUGUUACUACCGAUGUUCCAGUUGGCACGUAUCUUUUUUUCAACAAUUUUUUUGUGUCGCCUCCACUUUUGGCUUACUUGAAACAGAGAGGACUGCAUUCCACGUGCACAAUGCGCAAGGACCGCGCUGCGCAGUGCCCUCUGCAAUCGGAGAAGGACCUGAAGGCCCAAGGCAGAGGUUCAUAUGACUACCGGGUGGACAGGGAGAAUGGCAUCAUUGUGUGCGAGUGGUAUGACAACAGACUUGUCAUCAUGGGGUCAAAUGUGCACGGAGUGGAGCCACUUGUGAAAGUCAAGCGCUUUGACAGGAAAAGAAAAGAGCACAUCGAGGUGGACUGCCCUGCACUGAUUAGGAGCUAUAACCAGAACAUGGGUGGCGUCGAUAAAUGUGAUAUGUUGCUCUCGUUCUACCGAAUGCACUUCAAGACAAAAAAAUGGUACAAACGUGUCAUAUUUCACCUGACUGAUGUAGCUGUGGUAAAUGCAUGGCUUCUUUACCGCCGCAUCAUACCAGAUUGCAACAUUCAACUAGGGAUGUUCAAGCUCACUCUGGCGAGGGGACUCAUUCAAGCAGAAGCUGCAUCAGUUCUAGAAAGUGACCCAGUGGUUGAGGAUCUGCAAGCUCCUGCGCGCUCAACACAGAACAGAAGCUUUCCAGUCAAAGCAAGCUCUGUGUCACAAGACGUGCGAUAUGACCGAGUCUCUUACUUUCCUUGGUAG